GCUUUUGGCAAGAAAGUUUGGCAUCAAAACGUGGAUGUGAAUCUUGGUUUGCAUAGUAGCAUUCUCUGAAAUUCAGCCAUAGUUGAAUGGCAACACAAUAAAAAUCUACGUUUAAAUUCAACGGGAAAAUUCAUAGAAUAUAGGUUUUUAUAAAAGGCAUCGUCUGCUUAUUUUAUUUCAGCUUUUAGUAAAUCAAUAUCAAGAACAGCUCCAAAGAAUGGCUCAAAGAAUAUAUAAACGGAGAUCCAGUGGAAAAUGUACUCGUAACUCCGAAACGAGUACUAAAGAGACUCGAAAUGAACCCUCAUCUACAGUGAGUCCCAGUGAUGCUGCCAAUGGCUCUGAAACAAUAGUUCCUAAUCGGGUAUUUGUUGGAGGUAUUACUGAUUGUAUAAGUGAAUGGAAUAUUCAGUCAGAAUUUGAGAAUUAUGGAAACGUGACAGAAGUGAGAAUUAUUCGAAAUCGUACUGGCCUUUCAAAAGGAUAUGGAUUUGUAACUUACAGCACAAAUGAAGAAGCAAAAAAUGCUCUUGAAAAGGCUGAAGUCAUUGUCAACGGUCGAAAACUAAAGACCUUUCCAGCUGUCAAGAAACAGAAUUAUCAUUCAGAAUCAUCGUCUUCGCAAGAGUCAACUUCUGCGAAAAGUUAUCCUGACUAUUUACCAAAAGAAAUCCAUACAAGUAGAUUUUGCAAUUCAAACUCUGCAAGAUUUUCGGAAUAUCAAGCGACAUUCAUUAAUGAAAUUCCUCUUUUACCGAAUAAUACUCCUCGUGCAAGUUUUGAUAGUGGAAUGUUUCACAAUGCGGUGGAUCAUUACCCAACUUGCGGAAACUCUUUGGUAAAUUGCCCACUUUCCUACCCAGCUGUAGUUUUCAUCCAACAACCGCCUUACCCAUGUCCAGCGGCGGGCAUAACAUAUCCUAUUGGAACCAUAUUUCCUGAAAUGGUUCAUUUUGUUCCAGCUUCACUGACUUGCUUGCAUUCAGAUCAAAAAUGAAAAUGAUGAAUAAAAAUAAAAUAAAGCAUAUAGUUUGAAAUAGGAAAUAAAACAACUCCGUUACACGCUUGCCAAAGAAUUCAACAAGAUUCGUCUAAAUUUUUUUAACAUCAUAGGAAGCUUUAUAGUAUAUAUAAACUUUCCCGCUUUGAUAUUAGUAGAAUGAAAGAAGUCACAAACUGCAUAAUGCAAGCUUUUUAUCUUAUUUCCAGUUUUUACAUAUUUUGAAAACAAAGGUAUACUGGUGGCAACAAAUUGGAAACUUCGAAAUAACUUUGAAGUUGCUAUUAUAAAAAUUAUAUUUGAUAAUACUAAUAAUCUCGAUCUUUGUAGAAAGAAAAGAAUAUUUUUUAUUAAUUAUAUGUCUAUAAUAAAAAAAGUUACUUCUGGUUUGAAUUUUUCUCUUACGAGCAUAUUUUAUCAUAAAUUUUAACAUUGUAAUUUUUGUAUUUUCGUAAUUAAAAAAAUUCUCAUUAUUAAAAUUUUUUAUAAAUCCAACAUAUUAUUUAUUUAUUUAACUUGAAGAAAACAUCGCUUACUUACAAAUAAUGGUCUUUAACUAAUCUUUAUUUAUUUAUUUUACUUGAAUCUAUAAUUUGCUUUUAAUCGAACGUAUGCUUUUUCCAUUUUACAUCAGUAC